ACGUCACUAGCUGCAGCGAACGAGAGAUGCUGAGGGUGACAGGGAGAAGGAGAAAGGGACGAUUUUUAAAUACAUACUGAUUAAGCCAGCUGCCAGAUUAAAUAAUAGGAAAAAGGUACUAACCUGACAUAUUGUGGAUAAACCGCGCGCUAUGGGAUUAAUCACAGUGUCACAGUUUUUAAUUAAGACGCACAUCAGGUAUCCUUUUUAACCACACCCGGCUCCUUUUGGAUCAAGAAUUGGAACAACGAAGUGAGCGUCGCGGGGCCCUGAUGCCUGGCCCCGUUCCAGGCUGGUCAUCCUAGGGGAAGCUCUCGGUACAGUCGACGCUGCCAGUAUGAGCGGGGGAGGAGAGCAGGCUGACAUUCUGACCGUGGGCGUUCUGGUUAAGGAGAGAUGGAAAGUGCUCAAGAAGAUCGGGGGCGGCGGAUUCGGGGAGAUCUACGAGACCCUGGACCUGCUGACCCGGGUCAGCGUGGCCCUGAAGGUGGAGUCGGCGCAGCAGCCCAAGCAGGUUCUGAAGAUGGAGGUGGCGGUUCUGAAGAAGCUGCAAGGCAAAGACCACGUGUGUCGUUUUGUGGGGUGCGGCCGCAACGAUCGCUUCAACUACGUGGUGAUGGAGCUGCAGGGGCGGAACCUGGCCGACCUGCGGCGCAGCAUGAGCCGCGGAAUCUUCUCCAUCAGCACCACGCUGCGGCUCGGCCGCCAGAUCCUGGAGGCCAUCGAGAGCAUCCACUCCGUGGGCUUCCUGCACCGAGACAUCAAACCAUCCAACUUUGCCAUGGGCCGUUUCCCCAGUACGUGCCGGACCUGCUACAUGCUGGACUUUGGGCUGGCCCGCCAGUUCACCAACUCCUGCCAGGAAGUGCGGCCGCCGCGGCCUGUGGCUGGGUUCCGUGGGACAGUGCGCUACGCCUCUGUUAACGCGCACAAGAACAAGGAGAUGGGUCGCCAUGACGACCUCUGGUCCCUCUUCUACAUGCUGCUGGAGUUUCUGGUGGGGCAGCUGCCCUGGAGGAAGAUCAAAGACAAGGAGCAGGUGGGGAAACUGAAGGAGCACUACGACCAUCGCCUCAUGCUCAAACACAUGCCGCUCGAGUUCAGCGUCUUCCUCGACCACAUCUGCAGCCUGGACUACUUCACCAAGCCCGAUUAUCAGCUCUUGAGGUCAGUAUUCGAGAACAGCAUGAAGACCUACAACGUGGUGGAGAACGACGCCUACGACUGGGAGAAGACCGGGUCCGACGGAACGCUGACCAUAAACGCCGCGGCGACCACGCCCCAGCACCACACCCGCCUCACCCCGGCCCACAUGGGCAUGGCCAACGCGUCGCUGGUGCCGGGGGACCUGCUGAGGGAGAACACGGACGAUGUGCUGCAGGACGAGCAGCUGAGCGACGGGGAGAACAACUGCCCCCCCGACCGGCUCCCCGGGUCCCCCGUCCUGCCCCAGCGCCCGCAGGAGCCUGACGUGUGGGAGGAGCUGGACCGCAACCGCAACCGCGUCCGGACCGCCGUCUGGAAGGCCGCCACGGAGGAGGAGCACAGUCAGAACCAGGGGAACCAGAGCCCGUACGCGGGGCCCAGCCUGGGCUCGCCGGUGCGGGUGCGGUCCGAGAUCGUGCCGUCCGACCGGGACGCUCCGCUGCUGAGGAAGCUGAGGAACAUCCACAGCUUUGAGCUGGAGAGGAGGCUGACCCUGGAGCCCAAGCCCAGCACCGAGCGCUUCCUGGAGGCCUGCUCAGGGAAGCAGCAGGAUAAAGAGGGCCAGUUGGGCGUGGGCCUGGCCAUGCCCGGCGGCGGGCGUGGCGAUCGGGUGUGGCAGCUGGACGAGGAGCUGCUGUCGGGCGGCGGGUCGCCCAAGCCGGGCUCCCCGGGCUCGCCGGAGCAAGGGGAGGGCGCGGCCAGCAGCGGUUUCGUGGCGCUCAACCUGAGCUCGGGCCGGCAGGACGUGGACUCGCGCGAGUGGGUGCUGGUGGAGCGCGCCCAGGACCUGCAGGACCUCCGGGCCAGCGGGGGCAGCGGCGCGGGCCGCUCGGCCGGGGCCAAGGCCACCAGCAGCCCGUCGGAGGAGGAGCCCGAGAUCCUGCAGCUGGCCGAGGAGCCCAACAGCGGGGAGGCGGGGAUGCCCAGCCCCGCGCGGCCCCAGAGGGACGCGCUCGCCCCCCUCGUGCCCAACGCCGGACCCCCCCGGGUGGAGAGGCUGGAGCUCAGCGUGGGUCCGCCCGGGAGCCUGGCCCCCAUCACCCCCACCAGCCCCGCGGAGGCCCUGGCCGAGGGCGCGCUCACGCAGCUCCCCACCUCUCCUCCGUCCCUGCCUGAGGAGCUGGUGGCCCGGACCUCCAGCCCCCUCCUCCGCUCCCCGAGCCCGCACACGCCCCUGACCACCCUGUCGGACCCCCUGCACCAGCGCCCCCCCGGCCUGCGCCGCAGCCAGUCGGCCGAACCGGGCGCCCCGCCCCGCGCCCGCUCCCCCGGCCAGCGGAAGCUGCCCGCUAUUCCCGCCGGCGCCGCCAACGCCAAGUUCCCCUCUGUCAUACGCAUCACCCGCGCCCAGCUGCAGCAGCUGACAGCGCAGCGCCCGUCCAUGCUCUCCUCCCAGUCUGCCUCAGACAGUGUGCCACAGUGCCUCCUGCUGGAGAAGCGUAACGAAGCGGACGCCCAGCCCCUGGACGACACCGCCGACAUACAGUCUCCGCAGGAGCGCCCCCUGCAGGCCGGCAGCCCCACGGAGCUGCCGGGGGAGGGGCUGCUGAACGGAGCCCCCGUAGAGAAGGCGGUCAGCCCCGUGGCGGCCAGCCCAGUGCCAAGCCUGCAGUCUUCGCCGAAAUCGCCCCGAUCGCCCCGCUCCCCUCGCUCGCCCCGCAGCCCCGUCUUCGCCAACGGCCACCUCUCCCCCCUGGCGGAGGCGUCCGGGGGCGGCAGCCCGCCCCUCCCCGAACUGAAGGACCCCGAGAGCGACUCGGGCUAUCCGGACCGCUCCACCGAGCCCAACCAGCACACCCUGGAGGAGGGGGCGGACCGGACCCCGGCGGAACGCUCCGCCCCCUCCGCCUCGUCCCCGCCCCCCGGCUCGCGCCGGGACCCUGCCCGGCGGCUCAGCCGCAUCCCCGUCCUGGAGCCCGCCCACCUGCUGGACGCCCCGCCCCCGGGCUCGGCCAAAGAGAAGCUCCUCCAGAAGAAGGCCCACCACCACGGGCCCGCGCCCCCCUCCCCGUCCCUCUCCUCCGACAACCGCGCCCCGGCCGCCCCGCUGCCCCGCGACCAGCUGUCCUCCGCCUCCGACCGCUCCCAGGACGACGAGUCCUACCUGGGGUCCCGCUCGGACCGGCAGGGCGACGACGCCCCCUCCCUCUCCUCCUCGUCCAGCCCGCUGUCCCGCAAGAGCAAGAUCCCCCGCCCCGUGGCGCCCGUGCCCGCCCCCGAGCAGCUGGCCACCCAGUUCCUGCCACGCCCACCGCCCGGCAAGCCGCCCAGCCGCCCUGCUGUGGAGGGCAGGCUGCGCCGGUACCGGAUCCGGGCCGGCAGCACCAGCGACGCGGACCUGAUGACCUGCCUGGCCCAGCUGAUGCACGGCGGGUCGGGCGUGUCCCGGGCCCGGGGCUCCGCCCACCUGCGGUCGCCGCAGCACCACGGCGGCGCGCGCAUGCCGCCCAACAGCCCGUCCACGCCGCACCGCAGCUCCAGCGCGUCGCCGCGCAGCUCGCCCUCCCUGCAGCGCUCCGUCAGCUCCUCCCCCUCCCGCCACGAACACAGGGGCGGUGGCGGCUGCUGCCAGGGGCGGAGCCGCUCCCCGCCCAGCUUCUCCGGCUCCCCGCCGCUGCGCCGCGCCUACCCGCAGGAGACCUGCUGCAGCCGGCAGGCCCGCGCCGGCUCCUUCCACACCGCGCGCGGCAAGACCUGCAGCCGCGAGGGCAAGUGCCCCAGCAAGCUGAGCAGAUAGUGCCCCCGCGUCCCCGCGCC